CGGGUGGAGCUAUGGUGGUGAUGAGGACGGGCCCAUUCUUUUUCCCCCCGGGUGUUUGUGUGAGUACUUGAGCGCGCGAAACGCGUCUCCAAAGCCGGAUUGUCGGCAGGAACACGUGUGUCGUUCGUCGGGCGUUUGUCUGCGCUUCCCGCGCUUGUCGUAGGUGGUAAUUGGCGAUGGCGGAAGAGGAGAAGAUUCUGAAAGAGGCGAAGAAAUUGCCAUGGGACGAGAGGAUCGCGCACAAAAAUUGGAAGGUUCGAAAUGAUGCGUACAUCGAUUUGGCCGCAGCCUGCGAGGCCGUCACAGAUCCCAAGGACCCUCGAUUGAGAGAUUACGGGCCUCUGUUCAAGAAGGCGGUUUCGGACUCGAACGCUCCAGCGCAGGAAAAGGCUUUGGAUGCGCUAAUCUGCUUUCUUCAGCGCGCCGAUGCGGACGCCGGCAGGUAUGGGAAGGAGGUUUGCCAUGCGAUUGCGGCCAAGUGCCUUGUUGGUAGGCCGAAGACGCUGCAGAAAUCAGUGGAUGCGUUGCUUCUGUUUGUUGAACUGGAGGCCUCCGAAGCUUUCCUGGAUGCGAUGGAGGAAGCAUCGAAGAAUAAGCUUGCAAAGGUGGUUGUGCCUGCAGUUGAUGCCAUAUUCCAGGCCGUCAGUCAGUUUGGGGUGAAGGUGGUGAAUGCGAAAAGGGUAAUAAAGAUGCUCCCACCUCUAUUUGAUCAUCAGGAUCAAAAGGUCCGAGCUUCUGCAAAGGCUUUGACAGUGGAAUUGUGCAGAUGGGUUGGAAAAGGCAAUGUGCAGUCCCUUCUCCUCUCGAACAUGAGGGAUACAAUGAAAAAGGAGAUUGAAGCGGAGAUUGAGAAUGUCAAAGAUGGUGUUGCACAUCCAGAGCGCAGAAUCAGGUCGGAGCAGGCGAAGGCCUUUGAAAUGGCACUGAUGGCCGCGGAUGUUUCAACCACCACAAACACCGAGGCAGCUCCAGCAGAAGGACCUCCAGAAUUCGAUGACUAUGACCUUGCGGAUCCUGUUGAUAUCCUAUCCCAACUGAAGAGCACCUUCUGGGAUGGUGUGAAAUCAAAAAAAUGGUCAGAGAGGAAGGAAGCUGUCGGAGAGCUUGUACAAUUGGCAUCAGCAAGAAAGCUGGCAAGCGGAGACUACACAGAAGUUGUAAGAGUCUUAAAAAAGAUGAUUGCAGAUAUUAAUGUAGCAGUAGUUGUAGAGGCUGUAAAUGCCACAGGCAACCUCGGAAGAGGGUUGAGGAAAGAGUUUGGAGGUUACGCUCGUAUCCUGCUUCCAGGGAUGCUGGAUAAACUGAAGGAAAAGAAACAGACGGUUCUGAAAGCGCUUCAGGAUGCGUUGCAAACUCUCCACAAGUCAGGCUGUGUAAACAUUGUGGAGCUUACUGAAGAACUGAAACCGGCGUUGGAGCAUAAAGUGCCAUCUGUCAGGAAGGAAUGUGUUGAUUGGAUUAAAUACUGUGUUGAGACCAGCACGCGUGCAAAUGUGCUGAAGAUUCUGAAGGCCUACAUCGACUUCCUCAUUAAGGCAGUUGACGAUAGUGCCCCUGACGUUCGUGAUGCCUCAUUUGCAACACUCGCUGCCCUGGCAAGGGCUGUAAGCAUGAAGCCCCUUGAAAAGGCCAUGGAUAAGCUAGAUGAUGUCAAGAAGAAAAAGCUGAAUGAUCUGAUUGCAUCACUGGGCGGUGCUCCUGUCAUUGGCUCUGCUCCUGCACCUGUUGCUGCUGCUGCUCCACGGUCGGUCCCUCCAUCGGUUCAACAGCCCGCCGCAGCUGCUAAUGGGAAUGAUGAUGCUGUCAGUGAGGCUGGUAGCAGCAGCGGUGGAAGUGAUGUUGCUAAAAGGUCCGUUUCUAGCAUUCAGACGACCGCCAGCUUGAGGAAGCCAAUGGCACGGUCUUUGUCAGUGAAGAGAGGACCUUCUGGAGGGUCUUCGAAAUCCUCAGCGGGGAAGAGGGGAGAUAAUGGAAUGUCUGGAGGUCCCCCUGCAGAGUCGGAUGACGUGGAGCCUACAGACAUGUCUGCCGAGGAAGUAGAGGCAAAGGUCUCUGAAUUCCUUCCAACAGAAAUGCUGGGGAACUUGAAGAGCGUAAAUUGGAAAGAACGACUUGAAGCAAUGAACACUUUGAAGGAGCUGGUGGAGGGUUUCACAGAUGAGCAGGUGGAAACGAAUGCUGAGUUUGUAACGAGGCUUCUUGUCUACACGCCUGGCUGGGCAGACAAGAACGUGCAGGUUGUCCAGAAAAUGCUCGAAACUGUCACCGUUAUUAUCCAAAAAAUACCCUUGAUGACCAAAAGGUGUGCAGCGAUCUGCAUAGCUGGAGUCAUUGAGAAGGUCGGUGACAUUAAGCUGCGGAUUCAGUCAAUUGCUUGUUUGACUGCUUAUUGCGAAGCUGUUGGUCCACAAUUUGUGUUCAACAGAAUGUAUAAACUGACAAAGGAGCACAGGAAUCCGAAGGUUCUGAGCGAGGGAGUUCUUUUCAUGGUUUCUGCUAUUGAUGAAUUUGGCCUCACAUAUUUGAAAAUGAAGGAUCUCCUUGACUUUGCAAGGGACUUUUGCUUGCAAUCAAGUGUUCCUGCCGUGCGGAAUGGAGCAGUAAAGCUGUUGGGGGUUGUUCACAAGUGGAUUGGACCUGAUCUGAAGAAUUUUUUGACAGAUGUGAAGCCAGCACAAAUGGGGAUUCUGGAGACAGAAUUUGCAAAGAACCCAUAUGAGGGAUCACCCGCUGCCAACAGAACAGUUCGAGCACCUGUAGCGGUAGACGGGGGUGGUGGUGGGGUUGGAGUGGAUGGACUUCCAAGGGAGGACAUCACACCAAAAGUGACGGCAGGCUUACUGAAAGGCUUCUCUAGCAGCGAUUGGAAGGUCAGGCAGGACUCCAUACAUGGAGUGGAUCGUAUACUGGAGGAAGCAAAUAAAAGGAUUCUUCCCAAUGGGACAGGUGAGCUGUUCGCAGCUCUGAAGUCUAGAUUGAAUGAUUCAAACAAGAACCUAACGAUGACAGCACUCGGCACUCUUGGGAAUCUUGCGUGCGCCAUCGGACCUCCUGCUGACAAGGCCAGCAAGGGUAUUGUUGCUGAUGCACUGAAGUGCCUGAGCGACAACAAAAAGCAAAUGAGGGAUGCUGUCCUGAAGAUGUUGACUUCAUUCCAUGCAGCCUGUGGUGUUGAUAAGCUGGCUCCAUACGUUGCGGGUGGGCUCAGUGAUGCGAAGAUCUGUGCCGAUGGGAGGAGGGAUUUGUUGUCGUGGACAGCGAAGCAGGUUCCAAGCACUGCUGCACCACAGGAGCUCUUGUGUCUAGUGAAGCCUUUGUCCACCAGCCUGCAGGAUAAAUCUGCGGAGGUGCGAAAAGCAGCAGAGGAGCUGCUGAUGGCAGUCAUUGCAGCUUGUGGCUACGAUGUGGUAGCCAAGGCAGCAAAGCAAGAGGGAGCAGCUGUGGCGAACAGCCUUAAUCCAUAUCUGGACAAGAAUCGUUCAGGUGCACCGAUCGAUGACCUUGCAGCUCCGAGGGGAGGGUCUAAGACGUCGACACGAGGAGGGAAGACAUCAACGGCUGGAAGGAAGUCUGAUGAUGAAGGAGGAAGAACGAAAUCAGCAGUUUCAGGUGUCAGAGGGGCAAGAGGGGCGCCUGCGUCUACUGCCCGUAAGCAGGUGUCUGCUGAUGCAGCGCGGGAUGCGGCUUUGCAGUCAGAGCCUCUAUUUGUGGCAAACGACUUGAAGGAUGAUCGCGAAAGGAAAUGCCCACGCAAAAUAAAAUUCGAGGACCCCAGGCCUGAGCAGGUGGCUGACCUUGAGCAAUUGAUGGCCCCAUUCUUCCGAGAUGACCUGCACAGGAGGCUCUUCAGCCCAGAUUUCAAGAAACAAGUUGAAGGCCUUGACUUAAUGCAAAAGGCCAUUCCGCAAUACAAGAAGGAAAUCGUUGACAAUCUUGAUUUGCUCCUGAGGUGGAGUGUGCUUCGGUUUUGUGAGUCUAACACCACAGCAAUUCUCAAGGUGUUGGAGUUUCUUCCCGAGCUUGUCGAAGCUUUGGUGAACGAGGGUUACCAUCUGCGGGAAUACGAGGCUAACAUAUUCUUGCCCUGCCUCGUUGAGAAGUGUGGGCACAACAUUGACAAGGUGAGGGAGAAAAUGAGGGAGCUGAUGAGGCAGAUUUCCAGCAUCUACCCACCUUCUCGGCUUUUUGCCUUCAUCGUUGAAGGUGUGCGGUCCAAGAACAACAGAACGAGGGUGGAGUGCGUCGAUCAGCUGGGAUCAAUGAUUGAUCGUCAUGGUAUUGAGAUUGUUGGCAGCACCAAGGCCUUACAGGCGAUUGCAGGAUUAGUCUCAGAGCGGGAUGCAGCUAUUCGGAAUGCAGCGUUGACCACACUCGCAACUGCGUACAAGAUCUUAGGGGAUGACGUGUGGAAGCAACUGGGAAGACUUGCUGAUGCCCAGAAAGGUCUUGUGGAUGAUAAAUUCAAGUGGAAGGCGCGAGAGAUGGAGAGGAAUAAGGAAGGAAAGCCUGGAGAAGCUCGAGCUCUGGCGAAGGGGAGGGCCGCUGCUGCCGUUCGGAGCACAGGACCCGAGGCAGAGCAAAGUGGGGACACGAGGAAGGAGAUGGCUGCACAUGCCAUGGGAGCAAGAACCGCAAAUGGUCACUUCGCACCAGCAGCAGCAGGAGACCACCACGUGCAUGGUGGUGAGCCGGAAGGUCGCCCGUCAUAUGGGCCUACAGAUUGGAAGCAAGCGCUGGAGUACAUCCACAGAGGCUCUACAAACAAUGAGGUUGUUGAAGGGAUGAAAUUGGUAUGUCAGCUUUUGUCCUCUGCGAGUUCAGAUCCAACCGUGAUUCAGACAUUUGCCCCUGAUGCUGACAGGCUUGUGGAGUACCUGACUUCAAAGGUCACACAUACCUUCAAUCUGGGACUAAAUGGGGCAUCAGCGAGAUCCUGCAAAUACGUCCUGAACACAUUGAUGCAGACGUUUCAAAUCAAGGACCUUGCAUCCAUGGUACAGCAGACAAGUCUAGGCAAUUUGAUUGCAGAGCUGCUUAUCUGGCUUUUGAACGAAAAGGUGCCCCAGAUCGAUGAUGGAGGGCAGCUGCUGAAGGCCUUGAAUGUCUUGAUGCUCAAGAUCCUGGAGAACGCUAAUCGCACCUCCUCAUUUGUGGUGCUAAUUGGACUUCUUCGCCCGUACAAGCGGGAGGUGGGACCGCCUGCAUUGACAGCAUUGAAUCCAGAGGACACGACCCCUGGGUCGAGGAUGCAGAGGUUCUCAGAUCUUGUUGUCAAGUGCCUGAUUCGGCUUACGAAGGCACUGGGAAGCACUAUCAAUGAUGUCGACCUCGACCGCCUGCUUCAGAGUAUUCAUGACUAUCUUCAGGAGCUUGGUCUGGAUGAAAUCCGGCGAAGGAGCGGAAUGGUGUUUUGCAGGGCUGGAGCGGAUGACAAGCCGCUUCGUAUGGUCAAGACGGUGCUUCAUGAACUUGUGAAGCUUCAGGGCCCAAAUAUUAAGGGCCAUCUUUCCUUGGUGCCUAUCGAUAUGGAGCCGCAGCCAAUUAUCAUGGCAUACAUCGACCUCAACCUGCAGACUUUGGCUGCUGCAAAGCUUCUUACACCUGCAGGACAUGCCGACUCGGGAACAAAUGGUGCGACCUCACCCACUGCCGGUGGAGGUUCGACCGAUUCCACGAUCAAGCAAGAGCUUGCCAUGGUGUUUAAGAAGAUUGGAGACAAGCAGACAAGCACGGCCGGCCUCUACGAGUUGUAUAGGCUUACUCAACAUUAUCCACAGGUGGAUAUCAAUGCUCAUCUGAUGUCUGCUAGUGAAGCCUUCAGGAUGUAUAUCAAGGAUGGUUUGGCCAAGGUGGAGAAGACUAUGGCAGCCAGCAGGGCGACGACAAUGGGUAGUGGGGGCAUGUCCAUGGCUGUUGUCCCUAGCUCGCCAUCUGGGCGACCCUACCAUGUGCUUCCGGAAGUCGACAUCACACCUCCAGCUGCUCCGGCUUGGGUGAAGUCGCUUACGAGCGUUCCUUCGUCUCCACGUCACGUGCACAUGCAUGUGUCGUCAGUGACCGGGGACAGAAACACGGGAUCCGGCGAAGAGAUUCCUCCGCCGCCAACAAGCAAGUAUAUGUCGUCGGCUACCAGCGAGCAUGCUCCAGAGAAGGUUCCGCAUGCACACAUUACUCCAUUCGGCUCAUACUUCGGAACAGGGACAGAAACGACAUCUGGGACCUUGGAUUCUCUCCGAGAGCGGAUGCGGAACAUUCAGGCAGCUGUUGCGGGGUCCCCGUCUGCGUUUGCAGCUGUGAACGAGAGACUGCACACGAUGUCGGCAGUGCAUGCGAACGGAGCUGUCUCCCACUCUGCUGCAGUCCAUUCUAGUGGACACGUACCAGCCGAUGCCGGGCCAGAGGAGAUUUCUGUGUCCGGUUUACAGGCCCGCAUGCAGAGGCUCAAGAGUGGGGCCUCCAUGUUCUGAAAGGACCCAAGUGAAUUGUGGAGGAAAAGUGAAAAGCUGCCAUGAAGCAAAAAAUGGCGAGUGUAGGAAAGCUUUCCUUUCCGUCUCACGUUAUGUCAUCGAUGCGUAGGCAGCUGGCGAAAGACCACAGGCAGAGCUUUGUUCCACUGGUGAACUGAGCAGGAGGAGGAGGAGAACGCGUACAGACAGCCACCUGACAGCGGGACAUGCUUUCAAGGCCAGGCAGCACGUUUGGAGUGCUCCAUGACGCUGUUCUUUCCGUAUCAGUGAUCGAUGGAUUGCAACUAUUUUUUCCCUUUUCCCAGUUAUUAUUUUGUUGCCAAAUGAUUAGAGUACUGAUAGCGGGCAGACAGGUCUACAGACACAUGUGCGCUGGAGCUCCUCUUUGAGUUGUUCGAGUAGGAGAAGGGGACUACACUUGGCCCUCGUCACUCCCCAAGGCGCGCGCUGAAGCUAUAAGAACUACUGCAUUGUUCUUUUUCAUGUCUUCUCUCUCUCCAUUAGUUCAGCGAGUUUCACUAUCGAGAGUACAGCAUAUGUUUCGAGUGGCUGCACAAGCAAUCGCACAGGGUAACGGACAUCGUGCCUCCCUCGAUAUAAUGCGUCGGAUAGGUGCCUGUCUGUAAGUUGAAGGCUGGCGGGAACAGACAGUGACAGUUUGAUCAGCGUUGAUCGACUGCGAGCUGAUCAAACUGAUAGCCACUGAGUCAAGACACUGCAGGGGAAGGGUGUGUGCAAUAGAUUGAACUGCAUGCUUCCUCACUGCUCAGCAGUGGAACAAGCAUGUUUGAGGGCAAGCAAUUGGCUCUUGAUGGGGCGGGGCUCUCUGCAUCACUUCUCCUGAAACCGGUCUCAUGCGAUGUGACAGUUUGAUCAACUGUUAUCGAGUGCUAGGCACUGAGUCAAGGCACUGCAGUGGAACGAGUACGUUUGAGAGCAAGCAAUCGGCUCUUGAUGGGGCUCUGCAUUGCUUCUCCGGACACUGGUCUCCUGCUAUGUCCCCAUUUGCACAGUUGUCCAUUGCAUUCAUAGUAGGAUUCAGUCAGUGAGUCAAUAAAUAGUAGUGGGGAGCAGAAGGCAUGAAUACUAGACCUCCUUUGCAAUGGAGUGUCAAAUUCUGUGUCGACUACUAGGCCUCCCUCGCAGUGGAGAGUCAAAUUCUCUGUUCCACAGAUGCUGACGAAGGGUUGACGGAUGCUGACCGAGGGCCGACUGAUGGUCAGCUGAGGAUCAAUUGAAGAUCAAUUAAGGGUCAAUUGAGGGCAAUGGAAGGUAUCGAGUUUUGUCAUGGUCGAUGGAAGGUAUUUGUUCGAGGGGUAGAUUGGCAACUACAGUAAUCCAUUGAGGAGCGAUUGAGGGUCGAAUGACAGUUCAGUGAGCGGUUGAUUGAGGGUCAGUUGAAAGUUAAGUGAGGGGUUGAUUGAGGGUCAAUUGGGGGUUGGUUGGUUGGCGAUGGAGGAUCUCAAUUGAACGUCCGUUCAUUGAGAGUUGAUCAAGGGCCGAUUAAAGGGUCGAUUGAGAGGCGGCUGAGGGUCGAUUGGGUGGCGACUGAGGUGGUAGAUUGACAGUUCAUUGAGAGUUUCAAUGGAGGGUUGAUCGGGGUUCGGCUGAAGGGUUGAUUUAGUAUCAAUGGAUCCUACUAUUGGUCAGGCAUGAGACAAUGUCAAGCUACGCAGACAGCUGCCGCUGCCGACCGACGAGCAUUGCUGACAAACCAGUGACCUGGAUUCUCCAUCACCAGUGUCCACGUUCACAGGUCGAACCGGCGAACAGAUCGGGUUUUCGACUAAACAGAUUCCCAGGA